AUGAUAACCUUGAACACCGGAGCUGGGAAUGCUUUCAGAACCAUCUUAAAGGUUUCACCUAUACGGCAUAAAUCGAGCUCUUCCACAAGAUGGUUGAGUCGACAGAAAACAGAUAUUUAUACUAAACAAUCCAAGAAUGAACAUUUUCGAUCCAGAGCAGCUUAUAAAUUGAUCGAAAUCAACGACAAGUUCAGACUAUUAAAUAAACACUGCAAAUACGUGGUAGAUCUCGGGUUUGCACCAGGAGCAUGGACCCAGGUUGCGGUUGCAGAAUUAAUCAAAAAACGCAAGCAAAAGACAAAAAUCUUGGGUGUUGAUUUGAUUAAUUGUACUCCUCCCGAGGGAAGUCAUUUUAUUCAAGGUGAUAUACUAUCCAAAAAGACGCAUGGUGAAAUUAUUGAUUUUUUCAAUGAAACCGACUCACAUAAUGAGAAGCCAGUCGAUCUUGUUUUAAGUGACAUGAUGGCUAAUACUAGUGGGAUUAAAGAUAAUGAUCAUUAUGCUAGUAUGGAUUUAUGCGAUGGAGUGCUUAUAUUGACAUGUCUGGUAUUGAAGAAAAACGGGAACUUGGCAAUGAAGUUUUAUACUGGUAAGGAGGACGGAAUACUAAAACUGCGGUUGCAAAAAAUCUUUAAAAAAGUCUACGUAAUGAAGCCAGAGGCUUGCCGACAAGAACUGAGAGAACUGUAUUUUGUUUGUCUUAAGAAAAAAACAGAUGACAUUACAAUUGAAGAAGUCUUCAAUAAUGAGUGA